AGCUUUUCCCAGGCAGAGGUCACAUCCUCACAACUCUGUCCUCAUCUGUCUGUAACACACGGAGGAACGGUCUCUUAUUCUGACAGCAGCUGCCACUUAAGAACUGUGAAUUUUUCUUCUGAGGCCAAAGAUCACAAGAUGUUCCUGGAAAUGCUGAAUCCCAUGCACUAUAAUGUCACCAACAUGGUCCCUGAAGCUAUGUCCAUCAGUGCCAUGCCGCUCCUGCUGAUCAUGGGCCUCCUCCUCCUGAUUUGGAAUUGUGAGAGCGCAUCUUCAAUACCAGGUCCUGGCUACUGUCUGGGAAUCGGACCCCUCAUCUCCCAUGGCAGAUUCUUGUGGAUGGGGAUUGGAGGUGCCUGCAAUUACUAUAAUAAGAUGUACGGAGAGUUCAUGAGAGUCUGGAUCAGCGGAGAGGAAACACUCAUUAUCAGCAAGUCCUCAAGUAUGUUCCAUGUCAUGAAGCACAGUAACUACAUCUCCAGAUUUGGCAGUAAACGUGGACUGCAGUGCAUCGGAAUGCAUGAGAAUGGCAUCAUAUUUAACAAUAACCCCGACCUUUGGAAAACAAUUCGCCCUUUCUUUAUGAAAGCUCUGACAGGCCCCGGUCUCAUUCGAAUGGUAGAAGUUUGCACAGAGUCCAUCAAGCAGCAUUUGGACAGGCUGGACGAAGUCACCGACAACUCAGGCUACGUGGAUGUGUUGACCCUCAUGCGGCACAUCAUGCUGGACACCUCUAACAUGCUGUUCCUGGGGAUCCCCCUGGAUGAAAGUGCCAUUGUGAAAAAAAUCCAGGGUUAUUUUAAUGCAUGGCAAGCUCUCCUCAUCAAACCAAACAUCUUCUUUAAGAUUUCUUGGCUCUACAGAAAGUAUGAAAGAUCCGUCAAGGACUUGAAAGAUGAGAUAGCCAUUUUGGUGGAAGAAAAAAGAAACAAGGUCUCCACAGCGGAGAAACUGGAAGACUGUAUGGAUUUUGCAACUGAUUUGAUUUUUGCUGAGAGACGUGGAGAUCUGACGAAAGAGAACGUGAACCAGUGUAUUCUGGAAAUGCUGAUCGCGGCCCCCGACACCAUGUCUGUCACCCUGUACUUCAUGUUACUCCUCGUGGCGGAGUACCCCGAGGUCGAAACAGCAAUACUGAAGGAAAUCCACACUGUUGUUGGUGACAGAGACAUAAGGAUUGAGGAUAUCCAAAAUUUAAAAGUGGUAGAAAACUUCAUUAAUGAAAGCUUGCGGUACCAGCCCGUUGUGGACUUGGUCAUGCGUCGAGCCCUGGAUGAUGAUGUGAUUGAUGGCUACCCAGUCAAAAAGGGAACGAACAUCAUUCUGAAUAUCGGAAGAAUGCACAGACUGGAGUAUUUCCCCAAGCCCAAUGAAUUUACCUUAGAAAACUUUGAAAAAAAUGUUCCCUACAGGUAUUUCCAGCCAUUUGGCUUUGGGCCCCGCAGCUGCGCCGGGAAGUACAUCGCCAUGGUGAUGAUGAAAGUCGUCCUGGUCACAGUUUUGAAGCGGUUCCAUGUGAAGACAUUGCAAGAAAGAUGUAUGGAAAACAUACCGAAAAAAAACGAUUUGUCCUUGCACCCAGAUGAGGACAGCCAGCACCUCGUGGAAAUAGUUUUCACCCCGAGGAAUUCAGACAAGUACCUCAAGCAGUAAAAAAACUGUGUCAGUAGUGACAUGGAAGCCAUCCAUUUUAGUGGACGAGUGGUUCAACCUCACAAUGAAUCUGUGAUGGCUUGAAGCGUCUUAUGAUCAUAGCUCUUGUGGUUUUUCAGCAAGAUGGGCACUCAUCCAGAGAGCCAAUAUGCAAAGGAAAGGAGAGAGACUGACGUCUUAAAGGACAGAGCCUACAAACUAUACUUUGGGAAAGACAAGUCAUCAGUUAAACCUGUCUGGUCUCCUGCCAGAGUCCCAAUGCUGCUCUCGUCAGCUCAGCCAACGCCUCUGGCAGAAGGACUCGAGUUGUUAGAAAGGCCAAGCAAACCUGUUACUGUGGAUAAAGGAAUAAAGGAAUUUUCGUGUGUAUGUGCAUGUGUGUUAAGAGUGGAUAGGAAGCAACAGUCUAGACUCUUCCCACAAGUUAAGCCCAGUUACUUCUGAUGGACCCACAUGUAAGCUGUUUGGGGCAAAAGUUAAACAUGAAGAGUAUCCUUUCAUACUCUCAAUUCAUGCUCCCAGACAUGGAGUUUGACCGUAGUAGGCAUAAAUUCAAGUCAAACAGACCUAAUUAAUACUAGCUUAAGUAAAAUAGCGUUAGGACUCUGUACGUGAUGUAGAGGGAAAUCACAUGGUGCACCUCAAAUAAAUAAGUCUUUGUUUUUUGUUUGCA